CAGAGUCACGUGACUGAGUCAGGGCCAAUCCGGUUGCAGUACAGAGGUCCAGCGGUGUGUUUUUGACACACACGGGUUCCGCUUCAACAUCGGCUUUAAUUAUUUCAUCAUUUUACUGCUUUUUCACCAGCACACAGUGGGACGUGUGAUGGAGUUUGUUUGGUUGCCAUGGUGAUGCAGUGGUGGUGUGUGUGUGUGCUAGUUGCUGCGUUGCGGUGGCAGUGAGUGUGUGUGUGUGUGAUGCUGCGCUGGACGGUGUGUUUGGACGGCGGCCCCCGCAGGGUGAAUCAUGCCGCCGUGGCUGUGGGACAUAAAGUUUACUCGUUCGGAGGUUACUGCUCGGGGGAGGACUACGAGACGCUGCGGCAGAUCGAUGUGCACAUCUUUAACACCGUGUCCUUGCGGUGGACGAAGCUCCCUCCAGUGAGGACAGGAGGUAGGGAACACGCUCGUGAAGUGCCCUACAUGCGUUAUGGACACACAGCCGUGCUGAUGGAAGAUACCAUCUACAUCUGGGGCGGGAGGAACGACACAGAGGGGGCGUGUAACGUACUGUACGCCUUUGAUGUUGGCAGUCACCGGUGGUGGACACCAAAGGUCACAGGGACGGUCCCCGGGGCGAGAGACGGACACUCAGCCUGCGUCCUCAACAAAGACAUGUACAUAUUCGGGGGAUACGAACAACUGGCUGACUGCUUCUCCAAUGACAUACACAAGCUGGACUCGAUCAACAUGUGCUGGAGUUUAAUUAAAGCUACAGGAACCCCGGCGAGGUGGAGAGAUUUCCACUCGGCGACGAUUAUCGGCAAUAAGAUGUUUGUGUUCGGGGGACGAGCCGAUCGUUUCGGUCCGUUUCACUCCAAUAACGAGAUUUACUGCAAUAAGAUCAAAGUGUUCGACACGGAGACUAACAGCUGGCUCAACACGCCCACCAAUCAGAUUCAGCCUGAGGGACGGCGCAGCCACUCAGCGUUUGCGUAUAACGGAGAGCUGUACAUAUUCGGAGGCUACAAUGCUCGACUGGACCGACACUUUAAUGAUCUGUGGAAGUUUAACCCAGAAGCAUUCUGCUGGAAGAAGGUGGAGCCGAAGGGGAAGUUCCCGUGUCCCCGCAGACGGCAGUGCUGUUGCAUUGUGGGAGAUCGAAUCAUCCUGUUUGGAGGAACGAGCCCGUGUGCGGAGCAGGGAAUGGGUGAUGAGUUUAACCUGAUGGAUCACUCAGAUCUCUACAUCCUUGACUUCUGUCCAAAUCUGAAGACUUUAUGCAAAUUAGCUGUGAUUCAGUACAGUCUGGAACAAUCAGGACUGCCACAUGACAUCAGGUGGGAACUGGCUGCCAUGACGACCAACAGCACCAUCAGCCGGCCCAUCUUCUCAUCUCAUGGAUAAACACACACACACACACACACACACACACAGAGUGCACACUCACCGUGCUGGAGGAAAACUACAAUUUAUUGACACUGAACAUUAAACCACUUUAUUCAC